AUGCAAGCCAUCCCCCUGUUACCCGGUUCUGAGGACCCGGAUCCUGAGGAGAAGCCUAAAAAGCCCCGUUUAACGGCAUCUCAGCUACAGCGCAAGAGAGAAUUAGAUCGAGAUGCUCAACGAUCUAAUCGCGCUAGAACCAAAAGCCGCAUUGCACAUCUGGAGAGCCUUGUGAGCAUAUUGCAAGCCCCAGAAGCGACCAGUGACAGGACCAAUGAGCUCAUCGCCCAAGUGAACAACCAGAAAGUACAAAUUGAUAAGCUGCUUGAUGCAAUUUCAGGCAUUUCCAAGAUUGUCAGCUCUACAAAGGACUGUGAAACCGUUUUACAGACCGAAGGCAAUUCGGAUUACAUCGUUCCUUCAAUUCUUCCAGAGCAACAUCUCGGAGAACCCCAGCAUCCGGUUAUCGAGGAUGUGGUUGACAAGCUUGAAAGACCGCAUCCAUUGAGGGUCUCUAGUCUUGAUAGUCAGACGCUGAGCAGCUUGCGAGAGGGUCUGACGGGCUAUAGGACACACCGUGGAAGCCAUCUAUCAGACGGUGACUCUCUCCACAUCGGAAGUGGCACCUCGACAUCGCCUGAAGAUCUCAACCACGAAAGGAUUCGACAGUUGACUCGUGGACAAAGAAAGAGGGAGACACAAAUCAUCAGACAAGGCCCCCAACGAACGGCUGGAGGGAAGGAUCGUGUCAGUCAAAUUGCCAGUGAAAUUCUCGAGAACUGUACUCUCGAUGGCCGGUUAUGGUAUCUUGCAGGCACUAUACUUCAAGUCAUCCUGGAUAAACCUGAUCAACACUUGACUCCAUCAGAAUAUGGUGAAGACAUAGCGGUCCGCGCUGUCUUGCGUGGCUGGGCGAGCACUGCGUCUCAUUAUGAUCUGGAUGCAGGCUGGCAAUGGCUGCGUCAUCUUGAUGAAGCCUUAUACUCAUCACUCGGGUUACCUGAGAGACUAUCGAUAUUGCGAAUGAUGAGACUUCAAUAUCUGGCACAAGUCGAUCCAGAGUCCAAGCACUUGCUCCCACUACCCGCAUUCUUGAAAGCACGCCCGGCUCAGAUUCACAUUGAUCAUGAUCCACUAGUCGAACACUUUGUUUGGCCAGGUCUCCGAGAACAUCUACUCUUCAGCCCCAGAAAGUAUGCUACCAACACAUUCAUGGAGGAAUUCCGAAAUCAAUGUACAUUUAUGUGGCCGUUCGAACCGGAAAAGACAUUUAUGCGUAACACUGUCACCGGUCUUUAUUCCUACUCACCAGAGUUCAUCCUUCGACAAAAGGAUCUACGCUGCUGGACCAUGCGGCCCGACUUCUUUCACAAAUUCCCCGAGCUUAGACCUGACAUUCCAUCGUUCAGUCCACCCUUAUUGAACGCAGGACUUGUACUUUCCUUGCCGACUUCGAAUGUACGUAGCAGUAAUACCAACAUUUUUGGGAAGGCCACCACUGUCACGGACAGAGAUGAUGAGAUGGAUGGUCUGAUCUGUCCGUUCGGGCAGUCCCCGGUCACAGGGCAGGUGGGCCCUUUGGAGGUUGUGGGCCCAGAUUGGGGCCCAACGAUGGCUUGA